AUAUGGGGUGGAUGUGGGAUUGUGAGAAUUGUCUCCUUGGUUUCGCUCUGUCGUUAUUAUUAUUUCUAGGGAACUUCGGACACCUUGGCAAUCAAUCGCCCUUCGACGACUUCCAUCGCCUUUUGGAAGAACCUCCCAGAGGAAUCCACUCUUGGUCUGGACCCCCCGCAACAAAUCAGCAACAAGCAUUGCGACUUUCAAACCCAUCUCGCUGUUCUGCGCUCAUCUCUGCCACCCCACUCCAAUAUUCAUCCAUCGACGAUCACCAUUCCUGUAAAGAUAUCCUCACAAGCACCAGCUGGACUACGCAUUUAGGCGAUAGGAUAUCAAGAACUCGGACCCACAAGAGAAAGCACCCCUUCAGCAUGCAUUCUCAUCUGGCCGUCCUCUUGGGCUCUCUCAACCUUGCCCUUGCACAAACUGCCCCGCCCGAUGCCCCAGUGCUCAAUACACCAUCGUCUGUUGUCCAAUGUUUGCCAACACUCUUGACCUUCCAUGGCGGUACUCCUCCCUACACGCUCACGGCAAUCCCCGCUGGUCAAGUCGGCGCACUCCCGCUAGCCGAUCUGGGCCCUCAAACCGGUGAGAGCUACACCUGGGUCACCAACUUGGCUGCCGGUACCGCUACCACCCUCCAGAUCCGUGACUCCAAAGGGAACAUCAACUACUCGCAGGCUGUCACCGUCCAGCCCAGCAGUGAUAGCAGUUGUUUGAAGUCUGGCAACAGCCCAUCCCCAACCACUCCCCCCUCAGGUUCACCCACCCCGCCAUCCACUGCUCCCCCCACGGUUUCAUCCGGAACUGCGAGUGCAAACCCCCCAAGCAAGGGCGGAAACAACACCGCCAGCACCCCUAGUGCUCAGCCCAACAACACCACCCCUGCGACGAUGCCCAAUGGCACCAGCUCUGCCGGCAGCUCCACCAACUCGAGCAAGGGCCCCUCGCCCUUCGUGCCCCCUUCCUCUACCACCACCCCCUCCACCAGCACUCCCGUCAACAACAACGCCAACACUCCUGCCAAUAACGCUCCCGGCAGUGCCGCCUCGUCUGUCUCUGCCGUCAGCCAACAAGCCUUCUUCGCUGGGCUUGCCGUCGCUGCCUCAGUCUUGGCAGUCUUUGCUUAA